GAUUGCCACACCCACCUUGUCAGAAUUCGGCUUACCAGAAGUGGCCAGAAACAAACUAAUAAUAAUAUAGUCGAAGCCAAAACGCCCACGAAUCACAUCACAUCCUUCAAAAUCUAAGCUGGUAUGCUUCGACGACAGUCUGCCGAGCCGUGAUCGAAGUCGAACAGCAGACCAACGUGUUAGACAUAAUGGUGCCACUUCCCACCUCUCCGUCCUCAAGCAGCGCGUCCAGCUCGAGCCCGAGACAGCUGCACAGCAGCAGCAGCGGCGAGUGGCACGCCGUGGUGCGGCGGAACGUCAAGUCCUCGCUGCUGCUGCUCCUGGUGCUCUCCACCGUCUUCGUCUUCUCCGUCCUGCACUCGUCGCACGGCUUCGGCGCAACGACGCCUGACCAGCAAGCGCUGACGCAGACGCAGACGCAGACGCAGACGCAGAGCACGGACCAUGGAGCCGUCGAUCGUUUUGUGCCGGGAGAGGAGGAAGGCGUCCCUGCCGAGAACAAUGAGGCGUCGGAACAGAGCUCAGACAUCUCGUUGCCAUCAGCCAACACGUCGGCUGUUCCUGCUCCUGCGUCGAGCAGAGCAGAGCAGACAGGUUAUUCGGUAGGAGCGGCGGCGCAUGCGGAGGAGAAAUGCGACAUGUCUGUGGGGAAAUGGGUGAGGGAGCCGCGGGGCCCUGUGUACACGAACCUGACGUGCCCGACGCUGCCGGACUUCAAGAACUGCCACAAGUACGGCAAGGACCCCGGGCACCUCUUCUGGCGGUGGCAGCCCGACGGCUGCGACCUGCCGCGGUUCGAGCCGGAGCGCUUCCUGGACGUCGCCCGCGGGAAGAGGAUGGCGUUCAUCGGCGACUCGCUCGCGCGCAACCAGAUGGACUCCCUGCUCUGCCUCCUCUCGCAGGCCGAGGCGCCCACGGACGUGUACCGCGACGCCUUCGACAAGUUCCGGACGUGGCACUUCCCGGCGCACGACUUCACGCUCAUGGCGAUGUGGACGGAGUUCUACGCGCGCGGCGAGCCGGUGCUCGACGCCGGCGGCAAGCCCACCGCCUCCUUCGACAUCCACCUCGACAGGCUCAACGCCAACUGGACCAGCCGCCUGCCGGGGCUGGACUACGCGGUCAUCUCCGGCGGCAACUGGUUCUUCCGCGUCAACUACCUGUGGGAGGACGGCCGCCGGAUCGGCUGCGUCAACUGCCGCAAGCCCGGCCUCGCGGACCUGGGCAUCGCCUACGCCGUCCGCCGCGUCGUCCGCGCGGCGCUCGAGGCCGUCGCCCGGUGCCGGGACUGCAAGGACAGCCUCGUCACCUUCGUGCGCACCUACACGCCCGACCACUUCGAGCACGGUUCCUGGUUCAGUGGCGGCUACUGCAACAGGACGCGGCCGCUGGAGGAAGGCGACCUCGAUCCGAGGAGCAUCGGGUGGGAGCUGAGGAGGGUGCAGAGCCAAGAGGUGGCGAGGGUGAGGGAGACCAGCGGCAGCACCAAGUUUGAGCUGCUGGACGUCACCAAGGCGAUGAUGCUGCGCGCCGACGGCCACCCGGGCUGGCACUACGACAAACGCUGGGUCAGGAACGCCAGCGACUGCCUGCACUGGUGCCUGCCCGGCCCUGUCGACACGUGGAACGACAUGCUGCUCCGGAGGCUCACACAAAUCUCGCCUCAGCCGCUGCUGCGUUGACGACAGUGGCAUGGCAGGCACUACUUGUGUUGUGUUGCCCAUCCGCCGUCCAUCGCAAAGAAAUGGUGUCUUCCAGAUUAUUUAGGUCUUGUGUGCUGCUGAUUGCAUGCCACAAGAAGACGAAUUCUCUCACUUCCUCCUCCAGCGUGUGAGGAGAACAGAACUGUAUCCAGUAAUUGCAUGCCACAAGAAGACGAACUAGUCAGGGAGACGAAUUCUCUCACUUCCUGUGGAGUUUUUUUUAUCACCCUUAGGACAUAAAGGAAGUUAUCAUGAAUUGGUCGUUUUUGGAUGAACGCGUUUUGGGAGGUGGAGACAAUCUCAUUCAUUCUUGGCACUAAUCUAUUUGCCAAGAUCUUGGUUAUUAUUUUCACGGAAUGUUGAUGAAAUUGAUUGGUCUAAACAGUUCGAUCCUGUCAGCAUCCUCUCUUUUUGGUAAAAGAAUAAUAUUUGCCUUGCUAACCAGGUGCAGGUUUUUGCAUUUGUGAUUAUAAAAAUCAUUAAUUUCUUUUGAUAGAUUGUCUCUAAUGAGCUCGAAACAACAUCUAUAGAAGAGCCCUAUGAAUCCAUUUGGACCAUGUACCUUUUCAUAUUGCAGCCCCAAACCACCUUUUUUAUCUCGUUCUCAGUGAUCACAUAGUCCAGGUCAGAUAACUCAAAAGGAGUAUAAUAUAAGUUGUGCCAUCGAAUGAUGUUGUGUGACUA